AUGGCGCUGCUCCGGGGGCUCCUGGUACUCAGCUUGUCCUGCCUGCAAAGCCCCUCCUUGGUGUUCUCUCCAGUGGGUGCCAUGGGCCCCUUGGAUCAAAAGCUCUUGAAUGGGCAGGGCCAGGAGAAGCUGCCCCUGUUUCCCCUCAAGUUGAGAAACCAGGAAUUUGGUGGGAAGGUUACCUUGAAAAGAGCCCCAGAAGACUGUCAGGGGGACUUGACCCCAGAGCAGACCCGCAGGCUGGCACAGGCAAUGAUGGCUUUCACUACGGACCUGUUCUCACUGGUGGCCAAAACGUCCACCAGCCCUAACCUCGUCCUGUCACCCUUGAGCGUGGCCCUGGCACUAUCACACCUGGCACUAGGUGCUCAGAACCAGACGUUAAAGAGGUUGCAGCAGGCACUGCACGCAGACUCCGAGUCCUGCCUCCCUCACUUGCUCAGCCGCCUCUGCAAGGACCUGGGGCCUGGGGCGUUCCGACUGGCUGCCAGAAUGUACCUGCAGAAAGGAUUUCCCAUCAGAGAAGACUUCCUGGAACAAUCAGAACAGGUCUUCGGUGCAAAGUCCAUGAGCCUGACAGGAAGACAGGAAGAUGACUUGGCCAAUAUCAACCAGUGGGUGAAGGAUGCCACUGAGGGGAAGAUCGAGAACUUCCUCUCGGAGCUGCCUGAAAACACAGUGUUGCUGCUCCUCAAUGCCAUCCAUUUCCAGGGUUUCUGGAGGAGCAAGUUUGACCCAAGCCUUACGCGAACAGACACCUUCCACCUGGAUGAGCAGUUCACCGUACCGGUGGACAUGAUGCGAGCCCACAAGUACCCUCUGCGCUGGUUCUUGCUGGAGCAACCGGAGAUACAGGUGGCUCACUUCCCCUUUAAGAACAACAUGAGCUUUGUGGUCAUCAUGCCUGUGCAGUUCGAAUGGAAUGUGUCUCAGGUGCUGGCCAACCUGAGCUGGGACACCCUGAACCAUCCCUCGAUGCGGGAGGGGCCCACCGAUGUCCGGCUCCCAAAGCUGCAUCUGAAACACCAGUUGGACCUGGUGGCCACACUCAGCCAGCUGGGCCUGCAGGAGCUAUUCCAGGCCCCCGACCUGCGUGGGAUCUCUGACCGGAGCCUGGUGGUGUCCAGUGUGCAGCACCAGUCCACCUUGGAGCUCAGCGAAGCUGGCGUCGAGGCAGCCGCAGCCACCGGCACAGCCAUGUCCCGCAUGUCCCUCUCCUCCUUCUCUGUGAACCGCCCCUUCCUCUUCUUCCUCUUCGAGGACACCAAAGGCCUGCCGCUCUUUGUGGGCAGCGUGAGAAACCCCAACCCUAGUGGGAAGCCGGAGCUUAAGGAACAGCAGGAUUCCCCCACCGCCAAGGAUUCCACCUCGGACGAGAAGGCCUUCCACUUCCACGACAAGUCCUUUGGCCCUGACUUGAAGCUUGCACCCCCCUCAGAGGAGGAUUACCGUCAGCUUAGCAGCCCAAAGUGA